CUCUAGUCUACAAACUUUCUGGAAGUCUGUCAGCUCGACGUCCCCAGUGUUACUGCACGAUUGUGGUGUAAAAGAGUUACAUUUUCAAGUUUAAAUAACAAAACACAUAUUUGACAGACAUGGCGCUCACUGAUGCUGACGUACAAAAGCAGAUCAAGCACAUGAUGGCUUUCAUUGAGCAAGAGGCCAGUGAGAAAGUAGAGGAAAUCGAUGCUAAGGCAGAGGAAGAAUUCAACAUUGAGAAAGGUCGCCUGGUGCAGACCCAGCGUGUGAAAAUCAUGGAAUACUAUGAGAAGAAGGAAAAACACAUUGAACAGCAUAAGAAAAUCCAGAUGUCCAACUUGAUGAAUCAAGCGAGGCUGAAGGUGCUGAAGGUCCGGGAUGACAUGAUCAUGGAUCUUUUAAAUGAAGGCCGUCAAAGACUUGCAGAGAUUGCGAAGGAUCCAGAGAAAUACUCUAAACUAUUGGAGGGUCUGGUGCUUCAGGGAUUUUACCAAUUGCUGGAGUCUAAAGUAACUGUUCGCUGCCGACAACAGGAUGUAGAAAUGGUUCAGGGUGCAGUUAAUAAGAUCAUCCCUGUAUACAAAGAGGCAGUGAAGAGCAACAUAGUUGUCAGAAUCGACCAGGAUCGCUUUCUUCACCCUGACAUCUGUGGAGGCGUUGAAGUGUAUAAUGAUAAUGGGAAGAUCAAGGUUUCCAACACUUUGGAGAGCAGGGUCGAGCUCAUUGCACACCAGAUGAUGCCUGAAAUCAGAGUGAACUUGUUUGGUGCCAACCCCAACCGCAAAUUCACAGAUUAAUGGUGGCUUGGAACACAACAGUGUGAACAAAGGUGGGAUCUUUAAAGUCCAGCUCUGCAGUUAUUAAGUCUCUUAAAAUUGCAGGGGGGAAAUACCCUCAUCAUCUUGAAUUCCUAGGGUAUGUCUACACUUUUUUCUGUAAACGGUGAAAGACUAUCUAUAAAUGUGCUACCCAAAGAUCCGCCUGCCAGCAAGCAACACUUCCCCUUUCUGUUUUCAUUAUGCUCUGCAAUGGACAUUUGUGACAUUACAGUAGUUCAGCAUUACUUUUGAACCACAAAAUGGUUCUGAAGAAGAGGAAGCCAAGCUUCACAAGCAUGCCUAUAAGUUAAGUAUAAGAAUUAUAAUUUAUUUGCAUUCCAAGACUUUCUAUAAUCUUAGAAAUGUAACAGUAUAAGGCUUUGGCUUAGUAGGGUUAUCAGCUGCUACAAUGAUGCUGAUGUCAGCUAAACCAUGGCACAUUUUAACAAACUUCUCUGAAGAUGAGGUUCACAAUUUGCACAAUAAAUUGUGGAAGAGGAAAAACACAGACGUACCUUCUUAGUAGUAAAGCCAUUAUGUUUAAAGGCAGUUUUUGAAUGAGCUGUCUUAAAAACUGAUCCUACACAACAGGUCCUUCUUUGCUGUUUCUGGUGGGACACUUUCAUGUCAAUAAAUCAAAUCUACUUCUGUCACAGCCAUAAAGAAAACAUGCCAAAUCCUGUAUCUUUGCUUUCUGUACUUAAAUGAUGCCGUGGAGAUUCAAAGCCAUAACCAUAGUGUUGAGGAUCUAUGUUCCUUGUGGUAACGUGGACAUAUUAACUAAAUUUAAAGCUUAAUUUUUUUUAUAAAAGUUGACUUCAAGGUGACCAGUAACCGUCAUCUAGGGGAAUGUAGUGUGUAGAAGCACUGACCAGUUAUUGGGGUAUAAAAAAUAAAAUAUAUAUAUAUUUUUUUUAAAUGAAACUGGUUGCAGUGGGUGUGUUCAUCUGUAUUCAUUUGUAUAUACUGAUGGAAUGUGUGAUAAAUUAACAAAGGCUCCUUUUCUUUUCUUUUUUUCCACUUAUGGGGAAAAGUGUCAUUGCUAAUGUUUGUCCUCAACGAUUUCAGGUAGAAAACUCAAGCUGCAUGCCAAAGAUGCCUUUUUCAUCUGUGUGUAAAAAAUAAAAUAAAUGUUUGACACAGCAAAACUGGC